AUGUGCAACAUCUUCAAUUACCGAUAUUUAGACCGAACCCAUCUGAAGGGAUUCGAAAAUUACAAGUACAACUCGAAGGACACCAGCCCACUGAGCAACUAUGUUAUGCACCCCUUCUGGAAUCUCACCGUCAAGGUGGUGCCCAUGUGGAUGGCCCCCAAUGUGCUCACCACCGUGGGCUUCCUCUUCACCGUCAGCAAUGGCCUUCUGCUGAGUGUGUACGACUGGCAGUUCUUCGCCUCCAGUGACACUGCCCCCGCCUACCCGCCCAUUCCGCCCAUUGUCUGGCUGCUGUGCGCCGUCUUCCACUUUCUGGCGCACACGCUGGACGGCAUUGACGGGAAGCACGCCCGUCGCACCAAGUCCAGUGGUCCGCUGGGCGAGCUGAUGGACCACGGCAUGGACAGCUGGACGUCCUUCUUCAUUCCCUUCUGCAUUUACUCCAUCUUUGGCCGGGCCGACUACUCACAGACUCCGCUGCACAUGCUCUACAUCUUCUGGACCAUCUAUAUCACCUUCUACCUCUCUCACUGGGAGAAGUACAACACCGGCAUUCUCUACCUUCCCUGGAGCUACGACGCCUCUCAAAUUGGCCUCUUUGCGCUCUAUCUGGUCACCUACUUUAACGGCUACGGCACCUGGAAGUACACUAUCUGGGGCCUCACCAAUGGACAGAUCUUUGAAGUUCUCUCUUUCGCUGCUGCCAGCUCCAACUUCAACUACAACAUCAACGGCGCGUCCACUGCAGUGGCCACCAGUUUCAACCAGUUUCUACCUCCCCCACCGGACGCAAGUGCGGGCGGCAGCCAGUACGCCAGCCUGCAGUUGCCUCCCCCUGGAAACGCCUACCUCAGCUACGACUACAAGCCACCACCGGGCAACAGCUCUCUCAACUACCCUGGCAGUAGCAGUUCUCACCACGAAGCCUUCAACUCAGGUCACCUGCCCGGUGCCGCCCUGCCCGGCAAUGGCGCCGGCAAUCUAUCCUUCAAGACGAUCACUGCCGAGGGCUUCAACAACACCUGCAUUGAGCUGGAGUACAGCGCAGCGGCCGCGGCAGCUGCCGGCAUGGCCAGCGCCUUCGGCGGCACUGCUCCCGCCAUCAGCAGCUCAUCAGCGCCCUUCGGCGACAGUGGUCAGCAUGUGGCCACUCGCUUUCACAGUCCAUUCAACUGA